CGCCACUCAGCGCAAGGCCCUCAAUAAUCUUCUCUAUGAGGUCAGAGUCUUUCGUGAGCAGUGCGCUGGCCUGAUCCCUGACAUCGACUGGGACACCGACCUUUGUUCCGCCGCCACUUCCUACGACGGCGAGGAGGUGUUCCCUGCCGAGCCCCUUUACCGUGAUCGUUUACUCGAAGCCCUGCCUCCUCGAGAGGCGCGCGCUGCCGCGAGGGCCGUCGAUGUGACAGAGGGCUGGAUCAGAGCUGCCCUCUCCGAUCCAGGUCUGAUCCUGAAGGGCGAGUCGGAGCUUGGCAGCCUGCCCCCCACUCCGAAGGUCUGGGCCUCGAACGAGGAAUGGGAGCUUAUCGCUGGCGACCUACUCGAGAGGGGGAUUCUCAAGACGAUUGAGUACGAGGACAUCGUGGAGGUUCAAGGGCGAAAGGUGAUGGGGGGCAUGUUCGGCGUGAAGAAGGGCUCCCACUUGAAGGGCGAGGGGCCGCAGCGGCUGGUGAUGAACACCAUCCCCUCCAACUUCAUCCAGAAUACUAUCGAGGGCGACAUGCCGAUGCUGCCCCACAGCGACAAGUGGAAGAGCGUGAUCCUCAGGUCUGGAGAGGUGAUGCUCUGGAGCGCGGAGGAUCUGAAGUGCUGCUUCUACGUGUACAGCCUCGGCGAUGUGUGGCUGAAAUACAUGGCCAUCUCAAAGCCCGUGAGGAGGUGCGUCGCUGGGCAUUCAGGCAAGGGCAUGAUAUACGCCGCCGUCGUGCCCAUGGGAUGGAUAUCGGCCACCGGGGUGAUUCAGCACAUUCAUCGUCGCCUUCUUCGAGCCCGACAUCCUGAGCUACGUCAGCUCUCGGCGUCGGAGGAGCUGCGCAAGGACGCUCCUAUUCCUCCUGCUCGCCGAGGUGGCUCUCACAACUCAGGAGUGGCUCCCGUCCGUGGCGAGGUCGGCCGCACUUAUGAUGACGACAAGCGGACGAUCUACAUCGGGCGCGGCUCCAGCUCACUGCAGCUAGCUCCAUCGAAGUGGGGCAACCCGUUCCGCAUUCGGGAUGGUCUGGACAGGAGGCGGGUCAUCGAGCUAUUCGCAGAGCACCUGGAGAAGUCGCCCGACCUUCUGGCCGACUUAUCCUCUCUGAGUGGUGCUCGGCUGCUUUGCCACUGCAAGGAGCACCAGGCCUGCCACGGCGAUGUUCUGAUCGCGAAGUGGUUGGAGCGCUUCAACACGCCAGCCCUCUGGAGGGCCUGGCAGGUGUACAUCGACAACUUGGAUGUGCUGGAGAUCACCGACUGGUGGCACGCCAAGUCCCUGCAGGAGGAGGGGAUCAGCGAGGCGGCCGACCUGGCCCGUCGGAGGCAUGAGCACUUCAACGUGCCAAGAAGCGAGAACAAGGCCGUCAUCCGCGAGACCGCGACGCAGUCCCUCGGGGAGGCGAUCGAUGGGGAUCGCGGCACCAUCGGGCCGCCCGCAGAUGUCGUGCGACGGCUGAUCUCCCACACCCUGGCGACUCUGCAAAGGCCCACAGUGACUCAGAAGUGGAUGCAGAUCCUGGCGGGCCGAUGGGUUCGGUGCCUCCUGUUCAGGCGCGAGGCGAUGAUGUGCUUCACUCACUUGUGGCGAUUAUUGGUGAAGUUGCGUGGUGAUGCGAAGGUGCCGCGUAAGGUACGCGAGGAGCUGGUGUCGGCCUUGACGUUGCUCCCGUUACUUCGCUGUGACCUGCGCGUGCCGAUCAGCGGGCUGGUGACGGUCUCGGAUGCCAGCAUGCAGCGUGGAGCCGUGUGUCGAGCUGUUCGCAUUCGGCCUGAUGGAGUGGCCGCUGCGAGAGCGGCCAGCCGAAGGCUGGUGACUGACUUCCGCGACGAGGUGGUGCUCCUGUCCUUGUUCGACGGCAUUGGUGGGGCUCGCCGCGCCCUGGACCUGUUGGGGCUCACUCCCGCGCUGUUCGUGUCCGCCGAGAUCGACGCCGAGGCGAAGCGAGUGACCAAGUAUGCGUGGCCGGACGUGCUGGCGGUGGCCAUCCAUGAACGAGUUCCGCAUGUGAAAUGGAUACUAGUGGUGGCCGGUAGCCCUUGCAGCGACCUGGCCCGCAUCAACGUUGAGCGUGCUGGCCUUCAAGGGAGACGCUCACGUCUGUUCUACGAGAUAAACCGCAUUGUGUCUCUUCUGCGCGAGGCGCUGGGUGAUUUCUGCACGGUGCUAUCCCUGGUUGAGAACGUGGCCUCAAUGGAUUCGGAACCGCGACAGUUGAUGUCACAUUCCCUGGGAUGCGAACCUGUGUGCAUCUCAGCGGGUGAUGUCACGCACUGCCAGCGUGACCGCUUGUAUUGGAUCAAGGAGGAGCUGUUGACGCCGUGGCAGGGCGACUCGUUUGUCAUGGACUCGGUGAAGCACGUCGUGAUCUCGGACGGUCCCGGUCCAGUUAAACGCUGGCUGGCCGCUGGGCUUCAGUGGCAGGGUGACGUCCAGGAGGACUUCCGCCUGCCCACCUUCCUGCGCUGUGUUCCUCGUCGUGCUCCAGGUCAAUUCCCGCCAGGUCUCGACAAGUGUGCAGGUCACGAAGUCGAGCGUUGGCGCAGGUUCAACUGCUGCUACGCGCCCUAUCAGUUCCAGGACAUCAACUGCAUCGAGGAGCCUGACGGCAGCCGAAGUGAGGAUGCCGCGCUGGACCCCAGCAUCAUCAUCGUGGAAGAGCUGGCCCGCCGUGCCGAGGCCAGAGGCAGCGACAUCAGGCUUGACACGUUCGAGGCGAUGCGGCCUGAUCUGUGGCCCAGGCGACCAGUCAGUGUGGCGCGCUGGUCGUGGAAGGCCACCGCCAUCUGGGACUGGAAGCACCCGUCCCACAUCGCGGACCUUGAGGUCGAGUUCAACACAGAGUCAGAGCAGCGCAGGAUCAGGCUACGCGUCGUCAGCUUCGGGCCGCGGUGGGUCGCCUAUCACGCAAUCUGGUGCAGCCACGGUGCCGACCACAUUGAUCAACUGGAUCUGCUGGUGGCCGACUGGAUCGAGUGGCUCUGGACUGAAGGGCAUCUUCAGGGCUUGGCAGGGAACAUUCUGUCAGCCGUCCAGUCCUUUUUGCGCAAGAAGCGCAUCCUGCCAGCGUCGUGGAGGCUGCUUCGUGCUUGGCAGAGACUAGAGCUGCCGCAGCGAGUGCUUCCGAUGCCUGACAUUGUGUUGACGGCGCUGGCUGCCACCGCGCGUGGCUGGGGCCGCAACGACGUCGCGGCGCUGCUGGUCCUCGGCUUCGCGGCCUUCCUGAGGACCACCGAGAUGCUGACCUUGCGGCGCUGGCAGGUCGCCAUCGACGAG